GUUUUGACGCUGCUGCUUCAAGUGAUGAUUCAACACAUCGAGAUUGCUCCAGUGGUCAACCCGACUGCCGAGGCUCCACCAGAGUCCAACACUCAGAUCCAAGCGAUGAUGGAAGAGCUUCACAGUCAACGUAUGAUUCUGGAGAACUUCAUGCAACAGCGGAAGAUGAACUCCCAGAGUCAAGGAAGCACUGCAAAUUUGGUCUCCAAGAACCUCAAGACCAAGUCCGUGGCCAGUCCUUCUAUGCCGACAGAUCACUCUGGAACUGGGGCAAAUCACCGGAUGGCCAGCGUCGGACCUUCACAGCCUCCAAUGCAAUGGUGCUUAGCGGAGUCCGACGACGACGUGAUUGUGGAGGAGGAGGAGGAGAUAGAGAUCACCAGUGCCAAAGCCCCUCCAUCGUCAAGGAUUGCUCCACCAGUUCGUCAGCAACUGGCUCAGCAGCGAUCCAUCGAGGAGUGA